AUGGGAGCGCUCAAGCACUGGUCAAUGAUUGAUCAUUUGUUCUCACGAUGGGUGCCCGGCACCGCAAGACCCCAAGUUCACACUGGGAGGCUGUCAUUCUUUGGCGAAUCCCGAAUGGGAUACAAUGGUUUUGAGGGUGCACAGGCGAGCCUGUCUGGAGAAAGCGCUCUUCUAUUGCAACAACCCGGAAAGUCAGGUGAGCGAAGAGAAAAGACGCCUAGACAGGAAGGGAAGACAGCCUCGACGGAUAAAGUCAAGCUCACUGGAGAAAGAAGAGAAGGAGAAAAUGUGUGUGCUUGUGGCUUUGAGAAGGACCCGAAGCUGGCGAGCCAACAGCCCGCUCAACAUGGGAAGGAAAAAGAGGAUACCUUGGGCAUAGCCCAUCAGAAUCAGCAGCAAAGGGGUCCAGACAGCACAGAACGCUGA